AUGGACGAUGGCCAAAGCAACAAUGCGGAACUCGCAGUCGACAGACCACCCAACCGAACGCGAUCUGGCAGCGCAAAUAGCGGCCACAAACGAAGCCUCUCCGGCUCUUUACUUUCGAGACUCUCAUUCCUUCGCAUGAGCCAAGCUACACAAUCCGAGUCGGCCUCCCACGCUAUGGACCAGGACGGGGAUAGCGAGGACCUCGCGCCCAACAGGCCACAAAUCUCCAGCAACGCUCCAGCAAGCGGCCGGGCCAUGUCGGCAGUUCUACAAGAGCAGCGCCGCACACGACGGCGACGGGGCUCCUUACGGAAAACUGCCCUUCUAGGCACACGGUUGGAAUCGCGCGAGAAACGUUCGGCGAGUAAAUCGGCGGACCCCGUUCGAUACCAGAACGACGCGCUGCGGUCUUCGAAAGACCAGACCUCACCACCAAACGAGUUCACACCGCGCGGAAACUUUGACGAUGACGCCGAAGAUACCCAGACCCGGCCGAGUUGGUUUCGCGCAAGUACCGCGCAGAAGAUUCUCCGCCCCUCCCUUACGCGCCGCCGGCAAGGUCUCGCGCAACAGAACCUCCUGGGCGAAGAGACAGGCACCGACGACGAAGAGCUCGUCUCCUUCCCACGAAUCAAUACUACAAACGCUUCCGCUACCGGUAACAACGCAACGAAAAACGCACCCACCGCAGCUCUCCACAUCUCAUCCCCAUCCUCCGGCUCAGACUCCUACUACCCUCUUCCCUCCGACACAGACUACAGAUCCGUCCACCGCAAAUCCUCACCCCUCGCCACACACCCCGUCGAAAUAAAAAGCAACGCCGAGAUAACAUGGGACUAUUCCGAGACCGAGUGGUGGGGCUGGAUUAUCCUGAUGGUCACCUGGCUGGUCUUUGUUGUCGGGAUCGGCAGCUGCUUCGAGGUCUGGAGCUGGGCGUGGGAUGUCGGCGAGACACCUUACGCGCCACCGGAGUUAGAGGAUGAUCCUACGCUUCCUAUAGUGGGGUACUAUCCGGCGUUGAUUAUUCUCACGGCCGUUAUGGCGUGGGUCUGGGUGGUUGUCGCUUGGAUUGGAAUGAAGUACUUCAAACAUGCUAAUAUAUCGGGUGAUGAUAGUUGA